AUGGACAUCUUUUGCCUAUGUCUUGCCGAAUUUGAUCUCCUCAAAGGCAACACACUCUCGUACGUCUAUCCACCCGAACGGAGAGCCAUUCUCUCUCAUUUCUCUCAACAUAUGGGAGAUUAUUGUCUUCCCGAUGGUGCUCACUACUUUGAAGAGGAUACCACUCUCGUCGUGAUUCCUUCCAAUGUGACGGGUAGCCUUAAAAGUUUCAAUUUAGAUGAGAAUGAAGAAACAAGUCUUGGAAAUGGCAUGAUCGGAGCAACAGAGGGUGAUAUGGGAAAUAACAAUCAAAGCACGAGCACAGCAACUGGUUCAUCAUCAUCCUCUUCGCAACAGCAAAAUAUGUUAUCCUUUAUUGAACCCUAUGUUGAUAAACCCAUGUAUGCUCACUGUUUAUUCCGAAACAAAAAGGAUUCACGAGUGAAACGUGGAGCCAUUCAAAAAUCUCUCAUUCUCUUCUCCACACAGCCUCACUUUACUGUCUAUGAAAAUUUACUGAGAGUGGCCAUUAAUCGAAUUCUCGAUUUGGAAAAUAUUUAUUUGCAAGUGAAUGCAACAGCUUCGAAAAAACAACCCGGAGAGGAAUUAUCGGAAGAAUUAUUGCAACAGUUGAAUCAAGUACAUGAACAAAUUAAUGACAUUUUGAAAGAAUUCUAUGAGCAAUGCACAACCUGUAACAUGUUACAGUUGAAAUUAUUUCCAACCAUGACCAAUGAUACGACUUUCACAUUGAAUAUUCCUCGACAAAUUGAUCCUUUCACACCUGUGGCGUAUACUCACGGUACUUCACUCAUUCAAUUGAUUCAGUUAUUUGGCGUUGAGGUGAUGCUUACGUGCUGGAAUGCUCUUCUACUUGACAAGAGAAUUAUGGUCAUUGGGUCACCUGCAAAAUUGGUUUCACAAAUAUGUUUCACAUUGCCACUUCUUGUGUAUCCGUUUCAAAUCAAUGUGAAUCGAAUUCAUCCCUAUGUUCCACUUUCUGAUAUGGAUGAUGUUAUGGCAGCAACUUCAAAAAUUCCAGAAUAUAUUAUUGGAACCACAAAUGCGCUAUUUGAAACACAAGGAAAGAACCAACGCACGCAAUGGUGGGAUGUGUGUCUUAGUGUCAACUCUCGUAAGGUGCAAAUUGCAGAAAAGAUGCCACCACAUUUUUCUGGUUCUGACCUAAUGGGAGGAGCGUCACCAAAUGCAGGUAAUGAAUCAGACUCACCCACACAAAUCGAAAAGCUCAAUGCUUAUCAAAAGGUUUUCAUUCUCAACGUCAUGAAUGAAAUUCGAGAAGGAAAGACAGAACAAUGGGUUCGUGAACAAUUCAAAACUCAUAACAUCAAAUUCAUUACAGAAUUGCUCUCAAAAGGAAAAUUAUUACAGAUUAUUAAUAAUGCUACUUCGGAUGUUCUCUCAGAUCCACAAAAACAGGCAUCCUUGUUAAAGACAAGCUCUGGCCAGUUGAAAAAGAUUCAACGACAAUUCAUUACAGAAUCAUCCAAGUUCAGAAAUUAUGCAUUCAAACAAUAUCCUCACUUUAGGCAUUUACAUUUCACAGGUAUGACAGAUUCUCCUUCCGACAAUACUCCUGGAAAGAAUAAUCUCUCUCUCGAAUAUUUUGAUGCUCUACAGCUGCUACAAUAUUUGCAAGACGAAAAAAUCAUCAAAAAGCAAAAACUGAAAUAUCUUUAUGACUUGGACAAGCUGUUAUCGAGUGACGCAAAUCAAAUCGAUUUAUUACUCUCUGUGAAUGAUAGCUCCAGUAUAUUCACAACCAUACGAAAUAACAAAUGGCUUGUCGAUGACAACAAUCAGUGGAGAAAAUACAGUGCUAGUAUCUUGUCACAAUUGGCUGUGAGUGUGAAAGGCCAAAUUCAGCUUCUUUCUCUCUUGCCAUAUAUUAAAUUAUUGACGGAAGAUGCCAUGCCAAACGUAAAAAGAAUUGGAUACUAUUGUAUUAUGAAAGUGAGCAACUUGUACAUUGGUACCUAUGCCAUUCUCAGAAUUCACCAUGAUAUCAUUGACAAAAUUUUGGACAAUAUUCUCAAUGAAAGUUUGACAGAUGCCAACUUUUAUGAGAUUAGAAUGUACAGUAUACAGACUUUACUUCAAAUUUGCUACUAUUUUGAUUAUUUCAAGCAGAGUAUUUCUGUGGUCAUGGCUGAUAAGGUGGAUACCACUUCUAGCGAAUAUUCAAGUCUGGUAGAAGAUGAAGAAGAAUAUGCUAAAAUUUUGGGAGUCUCUGUGGAUGUCUCCAUGGUGAAUACUAUAAUGGAAAAAUUGGAUGUGUUUAAACGAAAAAUCAUUGACGCUUUUUCCUAUGACAAUAUUUCGAAUAAUAGCACGACUAAGAGAAGUUUGAAAGAUUACAAAUUCAUUGACAAGCUUCUGAUUUUGUACGAUUUCUACGAGGUCUAUAACAAUUAUCGCAUUUUAACGGAGAGUGCUCUCAAGUACAACAUGAGUGUAUUUUAUUAUUUAAGAAAAGGUGACGUUGGCCAAACUCAAUCAGUCCCAUCUUUCACAGAAAUGUAUCACCAUAUCUCAAGUUUGGUUCUCAAUAUCAAGCAUGACUUGAAGAAGAGUAGCUCGUUAACUCAUCAACAAGCAACAGAAGAUGAAAUUAACGGCAGCACUCAAUCUCAAAUUAAUGAAUUUCACCAUCAUCACAUCAGCGUCUUCCUGUUGGCUCUCCUUCAAAGCACAAAUUUAGUGAACAUCAUUUUCAAUGAGUUUAUUUUGAACGUUAAUCAUAUUCGAGUUUAUAAGAACUACAAACUGCUCUAUAUGGUCAUGCAAUUACUGUAUUAUGUCAUUGAUACAAACAUUGGCAUGUAUUAUUUACUCAUUUCCAACUAUAUUGAAUAUUGUCUGACGUUUAUCAAAUAUUUCAGCGUGGUCAACGUGAGAGAUGGCGAGACGGAUGUCAGCGAUAGCAAUCUCAAUUUUCGACUUUUCAAAUGUUAUACUUUUAUCAUGUUUGUGAAACGAUUAUGCAAGUACAGAAAGGCCGCAUAUCGACUCAUUGAAUCGAACGCACUACAAAUUCUGGGACAAUUCAUUAUUACACAUUAUCACAAUCCUCUCUUGUCCAAUCUGACGUUUGCAGUCAUUGACGUGUUUCAAGAAUUGUGUGUAUUUUACUUUAAACACUAUUCGAAAGAAGGACAGCAUCCAUUAACUGCCUACAUUAUUGAGGAAGAAGAUGAAAAUGAGAAUGACCAAGAGGACACUGAGCAAUUCUUUAAGAAUCCUCUCUAUGAAAGAAAUUCGUCACUGUUUUUCAAAAAGAGAAUUAAGGAUCGGCUUGAAAUGCUUCCUUCACUUCGAAAGAGAUGUCUCCCUCCAUCGAUGGGGACUACAACGCAGGACCAUUUAGAAAAACAACAAUAUCAAUAUCAAUCCAUCCUAGAGUCUUCUAAUUUCAAUUAUCAUUAUGGCAAUUUUACUGAAUCAUCAGCAACAGCAGUCACCGAUUAUUCCUCUCCACGUAGCAACAGUUCUCGAUUGGAAAAUUCAAACAACUUUACACAACUCAAAAAGCGUCCAAAGAGGACGAGAAAGACGGUAUUUUCGAAAUGA